AUUUAUUUACAGCGGUGUAGCGUCUAAAUCGCGUUUCGUUUCGCGCCGUUUCCGUUUAUCGUCCUGAACGACAUUUCGAGUCGUCGUAACGUUCGAAAGUAAAUAUCUCAUUGUUCCCGUUUCAAAAUGGCGAAUUCGGGUCUGUUAUUUCUCGGGCGUUGAGGCCUCGGUGGGUUUCUGGUGCGGGAUAUCGGUACGGUGGCGGGCGACGGCGCGGCGGCCCGCCCGGCUCGGUGCUAGCGCCGGCGGAGGUUGACGACCUAUCGAUUUUUUUGUCUGCGACCUCUCGUCGGCGGGCGGGCCGGUGUCUGGUGGCGGCGAAGGUGCGAGGGCGGCAGCUCGGCUCGGCGGAGGCGCCAGCGCGCUUGCACUGCGCGCCCGAAGCGGCGACUCCGCCGCGUCACCGUCAGCUGACGCGCCAGCACCAUGGCAGAAUAUCAUGGUCAAGGCAUGGACGCGGGUGGGAAUAAUUUUGACUCCGGUCAACAGCCACAGGAGCAGGAGUUGGCGACAAAAAUGUUGCAGAUACAGUCAAAGAGAUUUUAUCUCGACGUGAAGCAGAAUCGUCGCGGACGGUUUAUCAAAGUUGCAGAGAUCGGCGCAGACGGGCGCCGCAGUCAGAUCUUCCUGGCGAUGUCGACGGCGGCGGAGUUCCGCGACCACUUGUCCAGUUUCAGCGAUUUCUACUCGUCACUCGGGCCGCCCAACCCCGAGAGCGUUCCCGACGACGGCAAGCUCAAGUCUGAGAUGAUGCUCAAGGACAACCGGCGGUACUACCUGGACCUGAAGGAGAACUCCCGCGGGCGCUUCCUGCGCGUGUCGCAGACCAUCACGCGCGGCGGGCCGCGCUCGCAGGUGGCGCUGCCGGCGCAGGGCAUGAUCGAGUUCCGCGACGCGCUCACCGACCUGCUCGACGACUUCGGCACCGACGACGGCGGAUUCAAGGGCGAGUUGCCCGAGGGGCGCCACCUGCGCGUCGACAACAAGAACUUCUACUUCGACAUCGGGCAGAACAACCGUGGCAUCUACAUGAAAGUCAGCGAGGUGGUACCAUCGUUGCAAGUCAAGAGCAACUUCCGCACCGCCAUCACGGUCCCCGAGAAGUGUUGGACGCGCUUCCGGGACAUCCUCGCCGACUACUGCGACAAGAUGAACCGCGCGCACGCAGAGCCCGCCGACCACCACCAGCCCGGCGCCGCGCCGCCCGCCGCGCGCGCCGCCAGCGCGCAGCCCGCACGCGACACUAACGCUCCCGUCGCGUCCCUCUGCCCGCAGGAGGCGUUCUCGGGCAGCGCGCCUCGGAUUUGAUGCGUCCCGCAGUGACGCUACCCCACUGUACAUAGCCUGCCCUACACGUACGGCCCGCGGGCCCCGCGGGCCCCCCGGCCCCGCCCCUAGCUCCGCCGCGACCGCCUCGCCCGCUCAGUAGUCGGUCCGUCUGUCGCUCUGUCCGGGUGCUCACAAGCGUGUGACUCCCGCGCCGCCCGCCCCGGCCGGCCCGGCGGGCGGCGCGAUCGAAUCUUUAGGUAAGUAGCGCACUGCUGUGAUAUACUCGUAGGCGAGCGGGGCAGCCGCGGGCGCCUUUCGACCCUCAGAUUUAGAGAGAAUAUAGACUCGUGAGAUCGAUUGACGCUUCCCAGAGACGGAAAUGUCUAUAAAUAUUUUGGAAAAAAUUGUUUGAAAUUCAAAAUUUCGAGUAGUCGUUUCUACGGCCGCGACGAACGCCGCGACGCGAGGCCCGGAGUCGCGGCGCGGCCCGCGGCUGCCCCGCCGGGUAGGUUAAGGGGCGCUUGUGAGCACCCGCGCUGCACCGCGGCCGGGGAGGCUGCGCGAGUGACGUCACCGCGUUCGGGCUCCUCGGCCGCACUCCGAGCGCUCACUGAGAUUAGACUGUAAGAUGUAUCGCCAGCGACGACCUAGCGAGUUAUUUGUGUGAUCUCAUCGACGGAUUCCAGGAAUGAUCCGCUAGCGUACCAGUGAGUAGUUCCAGAGCAAGCGAGCGGCAGGCGAGUGUGCGUGUGUAUAUAUAUGCGUGCGAGUGCGUGCGUGUGCGCGUGCGGGCCCCUCACGAUAUGCAUUUUGUUUACUCAUCGGAAUCGUCGCAUCACUCCCCGGGACCUCGCCGUCUUCAGCUUCUCGCUCGGACGAGGCGGACUCGUCUCGACUUUUUGUACACCUCUCGAAUUAGUAAUAAAAAAUAUACAAAAACACAGCAAAAAAAGGUCUAGGCCGUUAAGUGUUUUACGAUAAGUAGGUACGUAGCCACCUACGACUCGAGUCGGUCUAGGGAUAAAGUCGUCACUCGACGCCACUGAUACACUAAGGUCGUCGGCGUUAUGUUCCCGCGCUUCGCUUCGUGCGGCCUCCGCUGGCCGACCUCGUCAACAUCGAUAUAGUUUAAAGCGUAAUGUAAAUAUAGCGUGUCGCCCUCAGUGUGUUGUUCCUCAGUGAAUAUUACUUAUGAAAUGUAUAUUUAUUUUAGCAAUAGUCGUACUCGAUCAUCGAAGUACUGAGUACCGUGUUACGAUACUUGAAGUGCACCUCGAGAGAGAUAUAUCAUUGUUUUUAUAUAGAUACUCUGUCCCGAUAGCAGCUAUUAUGUACUAGGUUGCCUAGGUUACUCGCCCGUGAAGCCGUAGAGAUAAUUAUAUUUUCGGUAGGUUUUUUUAAUCUGUGACUUCGGAGGAUCGCGAUACGCGUUAUUUUAACUCCCAUUCCGAGAUUUUUUCGACGGCAUCGUGAGCGUUGAGUCGCGGAUACGUAUGGCGUAUCGUCGUAGGCGACUCGACUCGACUCGACGGACGAACCCGGCGACGGUCCCGAGCCGGUGCCGUCUGAAACGGUCCCCGAUUAGGUUAAUUUACAGGACAUUUUCCCUCGACCCAUAAAAUAGAGUUGAAUAAGUUGGUGACGUCCGAUAACGUUAAAAUAUAGAAAAAAGUAAAAAUACAUAUUUAAAUCACUUCUCUAUACGAAUAAAUAAUAGUCUAUCCGGAGCCGGAGCGGCGCGUCGUGUAUCGUAAGUUGGGUAGGGCGGCGGCUGCCGGCACCGGUCGGUGUCGAGUCGCUCGUCUGUACUCAGGGACACUGGCUUAAUUUUAACAACAAUUUAUGGUACAAAAUGUAAUUUUAGUUCCAUAGACGUUUAAGAUUUACAGAGUUUAUAUUUAGAGAAGAUCGAGCGAUCGCCGUCGGGCGAGGCGAGAGUCUGACCGACGCGUCGGUCGAUCGGAUAUAAUUAUGAAUAAUAUAUGUACGAGGAUAUGAGAUGUUUAACUUAAAGUUAAUGUUAAAAUAGUAUCUACGUCGUGAAGCUAGUUAACGCGUGAGUCAAAUACGUCGGCGACGGGCAGCAGUGUGCGUGGUGGGUGACGCUCGGGAACUGUUCUGUGGCCGGCGCCGAGUGCUCGAAGCUGCCUCCUGUGAUACCUCGUCUCGUCUCUUACUCGCAUCGCUUUACUGGGAACUGGUUCUCGCGAGAUCUCCGCGGAGAUAUAGCUAGAGGGAUCUGUAGAGAUGAAAUGAGCCUUUUAAUCGAGAAACGACUUACCGGCAACCGUAUUUUCCUUUAAAAAUAUUCUCAUUUUCCACUUUUAUUAACAGAUUUUAAUAAGGCCUCAUUCUCUGAACAAAUAUGUCUCGACGAACUCUCUUACUCAGAUGCGACCGGAUACCGAGAUCUCGCUGGAUCCACUUCUAAUAAUUCAUUGCGGCUCGCAAAGUCUACGUCCUCAUUUACGUCCCCAAAUUGUUUUGUAACGGCUCCGCACGGCCACCGACGACCUCUACGAGACCGAACGUGGUCGACGUUCACGUUCCAUACAUUCUAUUGACAGAAACUGUUAUUACGUUUCAAUUUAAUUUAGUGCGCUCGAAAUAGUGCAACCCCAAAUAAAUGUAGCUCUCUGCUAGAGUCGAUGCCGGUCUGUGCGAACGCACCGUAGUCGUCCGAGCACGAGACUCUGCGAGCCGCCGCCGGCCGGCGGGUGUGUGCAGUGAUAGUCAAUUAUUAUAAUAUUCAUUAACAUUCGCUUCGUCGACGUCAGACUAACGAGUGAUAAGAUUUUAAUCAAAAGAGAAAAUAUUUACACAACAGAUGAAAUCGUUUUGGAAAUGAAGAACAGAUUAUACAGUACGAGUUAUUUUGGAUGAAUGCGAACGGUGACGUCCCCCAAACAUACCCCCCCCCCCACCGGGCGCUCGCGUGUGACGUCGACGAGCCGCCGCUCCGCUCCCCGCGUUACAUACAUAGCACGUAAUAGAUACUGAUCGAUACUGGAAAAUAAAGAAAAAAUAAUAAAAAGAUUCAGAGUUAUAAUAAUAGUACGUUAGUUUUAAUUAUAUUUCUGAUAUUGAUUGAUGUUUUGCUAAAAGAUAAUUUAUCUGUGCGUUACGUUUGGUCGUUAUGUCGCGCAGCGUGCGAGUCGCGGCAGCCCGGCCGGUCCUAUUUGUUCACAUUUUAAAUAAUAUAAGAAAUAUCUAUAUUCAUAUACGCCUAUCAGUUAUCACCGUCUUGUCCAUUGUUUUAACGAAGUUCGAUGUUGUUCGACACAUAGAAGAUAUAUUUCCGAUCAGGCCACGUCAUUCACCGAUCGCCAGCCACUACGAGUGACCUCAGUGUCGAUUCGAUUACAUUUAAGCAAUACCAGUACCUGAAAAUGAUAGAUAUGAAAAAUAUAAUAAACGGUAACGUUGGCUAGAUUCAAAACUGGAAGUAGAACGGUGUUGAGCAUUCGCGCAGGAUAGUUCGCAGGAACCAUUGUCGUGAGGUUAGUUACUUGAUUUGAGUUCUCGUCGUUAAAUCAUCCGAUUGGCCGAACGAGCGGGCACAGUUCCGGCAACGCGACGGCACUCCGCGACGCGCCGCCGUCCGCCUCGGAGCUGCCGUCGGCCGGUCGCCGAGACUGAAGUGUGGGAGCACAGCUUAGGGUAAACGGUUGAAGGGAUCACAUGCGAGGUGAUAAGAGUUAGCCGUAGGGGCGAAACGACUAAACUGAGAUUGCUCGCCUGUACAGUUGUGUCGGAGUACGCUUACGGACCUGCCGUCGUCGCCGCGGUGACCUCCGAACGGGGGUACAGGCACCCGUGUAGCGUCCAGGAGGUGCAGGUUGAGCGCAAGUGAGGUGCAGUCUGUCUUAAUAAUUGAUAACAUCAGUGUAUAAUUUGUUAGUAAGUGCUAAGUGUGUAUAGAUCGGGAGUUUUAUACCCGUCGCGUGCGCGUGAUCACGCCACGGGGGAUAGUAUAAUAUCAUGGAUGUGGAGGUAAAGGUGAACGAAUACUGCCAAUCGAUUGUAGUUUAUAUUAAAUAAUGGAUAAUGAUUUGUAGACUUAAACGAUUUCGAAAUAUUGUGUCCUAAAUAUUUCAUAUUUUAUGUAUAGUAUCUGUAUUUGCGGUGAUCCGGUCAUUGCCGAUUAGCUGCGACUGCUCAUGACGAAUGCGUUCUACUGGGACGUGACCGGUUACCAUGUAAAUGUUUUCCUUAGGGUGAGGACGAUGGAUACAAACUGUGUUCUGUAGUGUACCGAGCGACAGGGCGUUGUCUAGAUAGGUUUGCACUUGACGCGACGGCCAUCUUGUGCUCCGAGCGAGUAUUGCUUCAGUCGCCAUUUUGAUGAUCGUUGAGCCGGAGCGUAAAAUGGCCGCCGCGAUAAUUAGGCGUGAACUAUGUUCGCGAAAAGCUAAAUUGUAAAAAAAAAAUAGAAUGCAAUAUAAUUUGUGGUGUAAGGAAUGGAGAUGACGGCAUAUUGGGUGUUGUGUAUGGAGAGGGCGUUGAUAUUU